AUGCCCAUGAAUUUUUCUUUCCCCAGUAUCAAGGCGUAUACUGGCACCACUGAUCCAGACGACCACGUCGCCCAAUACAGACAGAGGAUGCUCGCUGUAGCACUUCCCAAAGGGUCACACGAAGCUACCAUGUGCAAAGGUUUUGGCUCCACUCUGACCGGACCUGCUCUGCAAUUGUAUAUCAACUUGCCCUCCAGGUCCAUAGCUUCCUUCGCAGUUCUCAGCGAUAAGUUCAUGGAACAAUUCUCCAAUAGCAGGGACCUGGAGAAAACCUCUAACAGCCUCUACGAAAUCCUCCAUCAUCGAGCUGAACCCCUGAGAGGCUACAUAGCCCGUUUCAAUCAAGAAAAGGUGGCUAUCCCCAAAUUCAGUAUCCCCACUGCUAUCUCUGCUUUCAAGAGAGGCCUUCGCCCCAACGGAGACCUCUACAAAGAGCUGACCAAAUACCAGUGCAAAACCAUGGAAGACGUCCUAUCUCGAUCCUUGGCGCAGGUCAAAUGGGAGGAAGACGUUACCUGUUGUGCCAAGGCGCACGAAAAGCAAGAUCCUAAGACGAUCAGACCAAACCGAACCGAGCGAGACGAGAAACCCUCUCAAAGACCAGCUAGGGACUCCAAGAAUCAAAACCGGGGCGGGUACCAGAACCAGCCAAUCGAGAAGGAAGAAGGGAUGGUAGUGUCCACAUGGCCAGACAUCUCUCACCUCUCCGUCUCAAGGCCGGAGCUUAUCAACGUUUUGAGGCAGAUGGGAUGGGCCUCGAGUCAUGUUUUAGUUCCCUUUGGACCGUCUUCCGACUCGAAGCGUUUACUGCGACUUCUCUUGAUAAAGAACGAUCUUUCCGCGGUUGUAAUCCGCAAAGUUUGA